AAGGCGAACAAUUUUUUCCUCCAAAAUUUCUAGCCAUUAAGCUGAUUCAAAAAAAAUCAUUCCACUCUAAUAGACUAGCUACAAAAAUUAUACUAAGGCAAUGCAGUGGGAAAUCUCAAGCCCUUUACCACUCCAAAAUCUGCUAAAAGCCUAAUUACAAAACACACAUAAAGCGUUAAUCUUUACAAUUCUGAAGUUAAUCGAAUUUUUAUAAUCCUCCGUUAUCUCGUAUCUACUGUUUAACCUUUUUAUGAAUAUUCUCGAUAGCGGUGGACUUUUAAGAAUUCUUUAUAGUCUACCGUUAAGUAAUAUCCAUUGUUAAGAAAGGUCCUUGUGCAACAUUGAAAUAUUAAGAAACGUCUACCUCUUUCGGUCAACUACCUGUUCCCGUAGGCUUUGCGAGAAUGGCAUGUCAAUACCUUUAACUACAGCUGACCGCAGCAUGUGCAAUAAAAUAUUUAUAUGAAGUACUGUAAAAAAUAUUUGACCGUUAUUUUUAGACUUCUGAGAAUUCAGUACCUCCUUCAACAUAUUUUUUUCUAAAAUGUAAGAUAAAAUGAGAGUUAUAUGUAAUUACUUAUGGCCAGGACCGUAGAGAGUAAAUCGUUUAGGAUAUAGAAUACGGCGUUGCUGAUCUAUAAAUUGAUUGAUAUAUAUUUUUUGUUUUGAGAAAAAUUUGUUUAAUUUUACCAUAUACAUACAUAUGUAUAUAUUUUUUGUUAAUGUUGCCGAGUAUGCUGGAAUACUUAUAUGAUAAAUUGAUAAUGAGCGAGUAAAGCAUCCAAAAGAAACUUUGAUGCAGAUUUGAAAAAAAUGUUCUUUUUAAAUUCAUGUUGAGAGUUAAAAAGUCUGACAACAAGAAAGGGAACCAGACUACAAAAAAUUUUGCAGAGCACCGGGCCACUUAACAACGCCGGGCCCGGAAGGAAUUAUUCCCGAUCUUCUCGCCCUCUCCUUCACUCCAAAUGGCUUCGUAAAGAUACAGUCACAAAGAUUGCUGAUACACAUUUCUUUUGUUAAAAUAUUCAUAAAAACUUGGAAAACAAUAAAAUUUAAAUAAUAAUAAUAACAUAUGUCAUUCGAGUUCACUCUCGCCUACCUGCGCGUGUUGACUGAAGGACAACAAAGUGAAGAAGUCUAAGUGCUUUAAAAAUUUUACAAAAGGGCUUUCCAUUCUGUGCAAUAAAGGAUUAGCGGUUUAAAGAAGGCUUCUGAAAAUUCAUUAGGACUAUUAUUGUUAUUUCAAUUAAAGUUAAAUUGGGUUGCUCAAAUCACCUCAGAACAAAAGCAGGGAAACAGGUAAAAUAUAAAAAUAAUGUGCAGUACCUGCUAACGAUGAGCAAUCUCGCAACCUUUCGAUAGUUCAGCUAUAAAAAGUCUUUACACUCUGCCGUUCAGCGUCAUUCCUUCAGAUAAACUCAGCAGGAAUAAGUCGUAAAAUCAAAAUCUCAAAAAAUGAUGCACAUUAUUAAUAUCCAUCCAAGCACAACAGUUGCAGCCAACGGCUACAGUUCAAACGGCAGAACCAUGCAUUCGCAAUGUUCUUCGAAAUUUCUCGGAAACAAUACGGUAAAGAAGUCGAAAUAUUGCCCUUACUUUCGUCCAUGGGUCACUGAGGAAACCGAAGCUAAGUCAAUCCAAUCGCUGGAAGAACGGGUAACGGACACACUGCAUGACAAACAUUUGGAAUACACAGCACAUAAGGUGGAAAACUUGAUCAAUCCGUUGACGAACUCUAAUAAUGUGACAAGUAUACCCGCAACAACGACCAUACCGCCAUCAAGUAUGGCAGCAAUUCAGCAAUCUAUGGUUAAUGCUAAUGCUAAUGCUAUUCCUAUCAUGCCACCAUCACUCACACCACCGACCUCACCGUAUGCCGAACGAUUUGGAGACUUUACUAUGGACAUGAGACCGCUCUAUACCCAAGCGUCAUAUGUGAAUACCGCAGGGAAUAUGCUAGCAUAUCCAACAAAUUAUAGACCUACAAAUCAAUAUAUGUUUAAUGUUUUGCACCCACAACGGCCACUGCUUAUACCAGCACAGCCGGGACCUGCACAUAGUGUGGUUAGUACGCUACCUUACACCUCACUACCAAUGAACUCAACGGCAGGUCAAUACUACCAUACUAACGUCGCACCACCUUGGUCAAACGUAACGUACAGGAAUAAUGUGACAACACAAUAUAUACAACAGCCUGUAGCAAAUCAAGUUUAUCCAACUGCAAUGCAACAAAAUAAGAUUGAUAGAAUACAAGAACGUUCCUCGUCAGCACCCCCAUCACCGAAACGCGCAAAGCAACUUAAACGGAAGGCAGCAGAAUUGCCAAGGUCGCGGAGCUUUCCUAAUAGCGCCGCACUGAACUCGCUGGCAACCCAAUCAAAUAUGGAUAACAAAACACUCUGGCCAGAAGUUCAAGUAGCCUUAACAACAUCUCAACGCGACAAUGAACCCAAAAAGCAAGCCAAGAACACCAAAAAACGUCAAUCGAAACAAGCCGAUAAGCCAAAUAUCUCUGACAAGGCUCCAUCAAAACCACCCACCUCGACAAAAACAUUAUUGCCGGCGGCAGCGACUUCCAACUCCAACGCUAUUAAACGAAAAUCUAUCGAUGAUCUAGCGGAACAGGUAACAGUUUCUGCAAAGAAAUUAAAAAUGAUAUCUUCGGCGUUUAAAUUAGAAGAUAUUUUGGCAUAUCGCCCAAAUAUGGCGCGCCAUCGCCCGAAGAAGGACGAAUCGAAGGAGGCGCAACUUGCGCGUGAACAAAACACCAUCGCUUGCCGAAAAUAUAGACGUAUGCGAAGAAUAGCAAAAAUUUUGGAACAGAAAAUGGUUGAAGCCGAAUCAGUAAGCCAUUUUGUGAACAUUAUAUAAUGACUACUUUGAGCCAGUAAAUAAAACAUGUAAUACAGACAAUUUUGAAAAUUGUAAUAAAUAUUACUUUAUAAAGUUGUACUUUAAAUACUGAUUUUUUUUAAUAUGAUGUAAAUAUGUAUAUAUAUUUAUAUGUAAAUAUGUAAAUUUCUAAAUGUAAAGUAAUUGUAAGUGCAGCGAAAAUAAUAAAAUCUGAUAAUUGUUUGGAACAAGUUUACAAUAA